AUGAAAUAACGGCCGCAAGACCUUGAAAUUAGUUUCAUAAACAUAAGAGCAUAUAUUUAGUGUGGUCUGAAACAAACUGAACUUCACCUCAUUAAUUUGAUUACAAUGUUUGGAAGGGAAGCAUUGAAAUUAAUUAGCGAACUAGACCUUUCAGAGGAGAUAAAACCCUUCAAUGAGGCGGUGUUUCGUCAAGUAUUGAAUGAAAUGCAAAUUCUAUAUGAAGCAAAUUGGGAAGAUGUAAAUGCAACCCUAGCAGACAGCGCGACAACGUCUCGUUACACAUCAGUCCAGCUGAGACAUGCAGCAUUGAACCGGAACAAGCGAUGUCUCUUGGCAUAUGUUUACAAUCGAAUGCAGCGAAUAAGAAAAAUGCGAUGGGAAUUUGGCAGUAUUUUACCUCCUGAAAUUAACAGCAAUUUGAUGCCCCUGGAAAGUCAAUGGUUCCAAGCUUAUAGUAAAUCUCUUGCUAUGUACAUGAAAUCCAUUGGAGAUAAUUAUGGAUUAAAUUUAACAAUGGGUAUCAUCCCUCCUAAAGCUCUCUACAUCGAGGUGAGGUGUUUGGUGGAUUACGGUAAAUUAGAAUUAGAAGAUGGCCAGAUCAUUACUCUAUCAAAAAACACACAUCAUUUACUGCCGAGAGCUGAGUGUGAGUCCCUUGUGAGGCAAGGAAUUCUAGAACACGUUAGUACUUAAUUGCAAACAUUUUUUAUACAAACUUUAUAUUUUUAUGUUACCAAUUGUGAAAUAGAAAAACGAAAGAAAAUGACGAGGGGAAUAAAAAAAUUUUGGAGAUAAGCAACAUAA